ACAAAUUAAAAUUAAUUAACAAAAUUCUUUUUCUAUAUUUUAUUUCAAUCAAGUAUGUUUACCAUAUUUUCAAUAGUCCUGUAGAAUCACCUUUUUGAUUGCAAGGCAUUUUACUAAAAAAAAAAAAUGAGCCACCAUUUGUCCACAAACAAAAAGGUCUCCGAUAAAUUAAGAAUUAUCGACGAGAAUACCUUUAAUCAAUUUUCCAAAAAUAAUAAAACCACCAACAUAAAAAAACAUAAAAGAUCUGCACAAAUACCAAAUCUUAGUCAAUUUAUAAAUUUGAAAUGCCAGCAGCAUCGAAAAAAACCUAAACGAACUGCAUUUGCAAUUUACAAAGUCGAGAAGAGAAAAUCGGUUAAGAAAUGUAAGCCAAAGAAGCGUUCUAAACUGAAGAAAACUAUUUUGAAGUAUAGAUUGUUAAAAAGGGGUCAUAUCGACAACAGCGAAGAGGGCAAAAUCAAUUCAGAAGUUGUCAAAGAAUUCCAGAAUCUUACGUUAGAAGAACCCUCCAAGAUAAAAUCAGUCCAUUCCAGAAGAUUUCGAGAAUAUUGUGAUAACACAACUUCUCAAGAACUCAGCAACUUAGUAGACACAUUAUUAAGAAAACUAAAUCAUUUCCAAAAACGAGCUUUCCAAUUAAACAAUUUCAAAGGUAAAUCCCGUCGACGAAUUGUAAUUGGAUUUCGAGAAGUUCAAGUUCAGAUGAAAAUUGAUAAAAUGAAAUGCGUUAUCAUUGCGACAGAUUGUGAAAAGUGUGAUUUCGAAGAUGGACUAGACAAUAUCAUAUUAGAAAUAAGGGAAAAUUGUAAAAAAGCAGAUAUACCUUGCGUUUUUGCAUUGCAGAGACGAAAAUUAAGUUAUGUCCUGCAUCAGAAAUGCCCUACUAGUUGUGUUGGAAUUGUGGAUUACGAUGGUGCUCAGGAUAAUUUCUUUCAAUUAGUAAAUGUUUUAGAAGUUGAAAAAAAUAAUUAUAAAAAACUUUUUGAAUAAACUAAAAUAGUUAAGUAA